GUCAUAAACCUACAUUAGAAUCUGACAGCAGUGUUUUGCAGCUAAUCCUUAUGCGACUAACAUUAUAAAAUCGUAUUGUUUAAAAUCUUUAAUAUUGAUUUAUUUAUUGCUAGAUUAAAAAAAGAAUAGAAAAAAGAUGUCGGGCAAAGAUCGGAUCGACAUUUUUCCUUCUAGAAUGGCUCAGACCAUUAUGAAGGCCCGUCUGAAAGGGGCUCAGACCGGACGUAACCUGCUGAAGAAGAAAUCUGAUGCCCUCUCCAUGCGCUUCCGACAGAUCCUGAGGAAGAUCAUUGAGACCAAGACGCUGAUGGGGGAGGUGAUGAGGGAAGCCGCUUUCUCUUUAGCCGAAGCCAAAUUCGCCGCUGGAGACUUCAGCACUACGGUGAUCCAGAACGUGAACAGGGCCCAGGUCAAGGUCAGAGCCAAGAGGGAUAACGUCGCAGGUGUGACUCUACCUGUGUUCGAGCACUACCAGGAAGGGGGAGACAGUUAUGAGCUGACUGGUCUAGCCAGGGGCGGUGAGCAGCUCUCCAGGCUGAAGAGGAACUACGCUAAAGCUGUGGAACUGCUGGUGGAGUUAGCCUCCCUGCAGACCUCCUUCGUGACCUUGGAUGAAGCCAUUAAGAUCACCAACCGCCGUGUGAACGCUAUCGAGCACGUGAUUAUCCCGAGGAUCGAGCGAACCCUCACCUACAUCAUUACUGAACUGGACGAGAGAGAACGAGAAGAGUUCUACAGGUUAAAGAAGAUCCAGGAGAAGAAGAAGCAGCUGAAAGCGAGGACCGAGCUGGAAAUGGCCGAGCGCCUGGCCAAACUGGGUCCCAUCGCCGAGCCGGUCAACAUGCUGACCGAGGAGAACGACGAAGAUCUGCUCUUCGAAUGAGACGCAGAUUCAUCCACCCCACACACCCACCUACCGACCCGUUAAUAUUUAUUCAGUGGAAAAGAGAAAAAAUCACGUGUUUGUGUGUAAAUGUUGUUGUUUAUUUUUGUUUCCAGUUGUGUUGAGUAAAGCAUGAAGUUGUACAUACGGUUAUUGGCCACUUUAUGAGCUACACCUGACGUAUAGAUGUGCUUUAGGUUCAGGUACUGACUGUAGGUUGUCGGUUGGCCUUUUACCUGCACCGCAAUAGGUACUGGUUGCGGUACUGCACGGAGACGCUGCAGUGAAACUAACACAGUAUUGACGUAGUUGUGUGUGUGUACUGGUGCAGCAGUGUUGUUGGGAUUUGUCAGUGCGUGUUAGGUGCGUCUCUAUGCCCGGUGUAGGUCAUGAACUGGCCGAUGAGUGUAUAUAUAUAUGACAGGUGUACCUAAUAAAGUGUGCAGAGCAGGCACGGUUGGGUCACGCCGACACAGAUCACCGGUGACGUUCUUCAUUAAAAUAUGAAUAUAAAUGUUCUGUGUGAGUGAUUUGUUGGUGUCGAUUGGAUAUAAUGUGUACAUUUAUCAAACUGAGCGACAUUAAAAGAUCAUUCCAGAA